AUGACUCCAACUGUGACCUCAACGACAACCUCAACUGUGGCCUCAAAAACGACCCGGGUUUUGAACUCGACAAAGGUACUGGCCUACGACCUCGACGAUAAAAUGAUAACUUUGACGACGACGCUGACGAUGAAACGGACAACCAAUCCAAAGAAAAACCCCGACUACGACGCCAACAACCAGACCGGCUAUGGACGGCGACCCAAGCACGAACCGGACGAUGACUUCCACGACCACACCGACUGCAACCUUGACGACGACCAUGAUGACAAACCGGAUGACGAUACCGACGACAAGUGUGACGUCGACCAAGAAUUAGAACAGCGCGAGGAUGUUCGGCUCCUCACUCAACGAGUGGGAGAGUACAAAGGCUUCCUAAAAGACUGUCCGAAUGGCCAACUAACAGAACAGGGUUUUCUGAGGAUAUACAAGCAAUUUUUCCCUCAAGGAGAUCCCUCGAAGUUUGCAUCGCUGGUUUUCCGGGUCUUUGACGAAAACAAGGACGGCUCUAUUGAGUUCGAGGAAUUCAUUCGUGCACUAUCAGUGACUUCACGAGGCAGCCUCGACGAAAAGCUAGUCUGGGCCUUCAAACUAUACGACGUCGACAACGAUGGCUUCAUCACGAGAGACGAAAUGUACAACAUCGUGGAUGCCAUUUACCAAAUGCUGGGGAAUCAAACGAAAGAGUCCGAACAAGAGGAAUCUCCUCAAGAGAGAGUUGACAAGAUAUUCGACCAGUUGGACAAGAACCACGACAACCGCUUGACGCUCGAAGAGUUCCGCGAAGGCUCCAAGCAGGACCCAAAGAUCGUGCAGGCGCUAUCUCUUUACGCUCCUUGA